AUGACGACCGAACCUCUUCCAAUUCUUUUAUUCCCGACACUGGUACAAAAACUUGUCAUUCAAGAAAUGGACCCAUUCAACCAGAUGGACCUCUCAAAAUGUUCGAUUCGAUGCAAAAACACCGUCAAAUCAAGUUGUAAAAACCAAUGGUCAGCAGUAAUCAAAAUCAGAAAUCAUAUAAAUAUCAAGCUUUACAAAAAGAAUGAUAGUUCAAAAUACUGGAACAUAAUUAUAACGGAUAAAAACCCAUCAGAACUUCCGGAAAUUUCUCCAGAAUUACAAGAAAUGACAAGAAUUAUUCAAUCCGAUGAUGAAAUUUCAAAAAUGGAAGAGGCGAUAUCUUCUCAUCAUGAUAUUCUGAAGUUACACAGCAUUGCUAUGGCUUUUCUUGAGUUCGGAAAACAUCAAAAUGAGAUCGAAAGAGUGCUGAAAUUCUUGAAUACCGACUUGCCUAAAAUUGAGAUGAUGUAUCUGGGGAUAAAGGAUCCUGUUCGAAAUCUAACUGCUUCUGAAUACAAAUGUCUUCUCGAGAAUUCCUUUUCCAUUGAGAAUAUUCACAUUGAAACAGAAAUCGAAAAUCCGGAUAAAUUGCCUGUGACACUCAAUGUGAAUAUGUUUUCAAACUAUUCUCGUUGGGUUAAGUUGGAAGAUAUUCACAGUUUGAAUUGUAAUGCUUUGAUGUUGAAGUGCACUCUAUUCAAAAACGAUAACGUCGUGGAAUUCGUAAGAUUCUGGUUGAACGGAGGAAAUCCAGGCAUCAGAGAAUUCAUAUUUCAAAUGGAAAAUAUCGACUAUGAGUACAUUGGAAGGUCAUUGGGAGCAGAGGCAAGAGAUCCAGAGCUUGUCAGAACCUUUACCGAUUAUUUCGGAAUGGAAGCAAAAGUGUUUGGUGGCUUCGAUAUCCGUCGGGAAUCAGAUCAGAUGCUGGCAACAAUCUAUUUGGAUGUUAACUGUUCUUGUGGAAGUUGUUUAGCUUUCGUAGUUUGGAAAGAUCUCGUUUAUCAUUUCUCUCCAUUGUGCACUGCAUUAUCAAUCAAGGAAUUGAUUAAAAAAUAUGGUUCAACAGGACGUUUGGCUGAGUUGAACCCACCUGCAAAUCUAAUUUAA